AUGAACAUAUUCAAGAAGCCGGAAAUGCUCUUAUGGAUUCGCGAGAUGCGUUCAUUUAUAAAGCGGGGAUCAGCAUCUGACCGUCCAUUCUUGUUUGCAUCCAUCAUGGCCAGACUACUCACAAUUCUCGACGUCGCGUUGCUCUUCUUCGGGGUGUUCUUGGUGAAUCGACUCGUCAAGAGGAAGUCGGCACUAUUAAUGCCGCCGGGCCCGCGAAGGCUCCCUCUUCUCGAAAAUCUCUUGGAUAUGCCGACGACCCAUGAGUGGCUCAAAUUCUCGGAAUGGGGUGAAAAAUGGGGCACUAUCGUCUCGUUAUCAAUCCUCGGUCAACCGAUAAUCAUCGUCAACUCUGCAAAAACCGCCACGGAGAUGCUAGAUAAGAAGAGUUCUAUAUACUCUGAUAGGCCAGUGGUAGUGAUGGGGGGCGAGCUCGUCGGGUGGAAGGACACACUUGUUAUGCUGGCCUACGGAGAGCGCUUCCGCAACUAUCGCCGAAUGCUCCAUCACGUCGUUGGAACGCCGGCCGCUGUGUCCGAGUUCUACCAGGUCGAAGAGAAGGAGACGCGUCACUUCUUGACGCUCGUCCUUGCGGAACCAGACCUUCUGGCCGAGCAUAUUCGCAGGACUGCUGGAGCCAUUAUCCUUCGUAUUGCGUAUGGGUAUGACAUCGAGGGGAAUCACGACCCCCUCGUCAAGCUGGCAGACGAAGCCACAGAGCAGUUCUCGCUCUCGACGGCCCCAGGAGGAUUUUUGGUGAACCUUGUACCCCCAUUGCGUUAUCUCCCUUCAUGGUUCCCUGGUGCCGGGUUCAAGAAGACGGCCAAAUUAUGGGCACAGACAUUGAACGCGAUGACCAACAACCCCCACGAGUGGGUGAAGGAGCAAAUGAGAAAUGGGACGGCCGAGAUGUCCUUUGUCUCCCGCCUUUUGGAGGAAGAAAGCACCGAACCGACGCCUGAACGCGAACACGAAAUCAAGUGGUCAGCCGCCUCUCUGUAUUCUGGAGGUGCGGACACGACUGUAUCUUCGAUUUACGCGUUCUUCCUCGCGAUGGUCCUCUUCCCGGAGGUUAUGCGAAAAGCGCAGCAGGAGCUAGAUGCAGUGGUUGGCCCAAACAGACUACCUACCUUCUCUGACCGUGAAAACCUGCCAUACGUGAACGCGCUCACUUCGGAGGUCCUUCGAUGGCAUACAGUGGCCCCGACCGCAGCGCCGCAUCGCGUCACGGAGGAUAACAUUCAUGAUGGGUAUUUAAUACCGAAAGGUGCCUUGGUCAUCCCAAAUGUCUGGCAAAUGUCACACGACCCGAAGGUGUACUCGGACCCCUUUGCGUUCAAGCCAGAGAGAUAUCUGGGUGCACAUCCAGAGCCAGACCCACGCGAAGUGUGUUUUGGAUUCGGUAGAAGGAUCUGCCCAGGUCGCAUCCUAGCAGAUGCGUCAAUUUUCCUGUCAUGCGCCAUGUCGCUCGCGGUGUUCAAUAUAAGAAAAACUGCCAAGGAUGAUACACCUUUCAAGCAUCCCCACGAGCAGACGACGGGGAUUAUCAGCCAUCCCCUGCCCUUCAAAUGUGUAAUCUCGCCGAGGUCACCGAAAGCAAAGUCGUUGAUCAUGACUGAAGAACUGUGA